AUGGCCUCUCGUACAACCAGUUGGCCUCAUGAGAAUGGAGGAAAAGAAAGAAAUGAACAAACCCCUUCACGUGGAAUGGUCUCUAUGCCGCGUGAACUUUCACACACUCCCACUAUUGCUGGUCUCUCACCUACAGUACAAACACCAUUUAUUCAGAAGUGUUAUGUACACAGAGGCAGUAUGGAUAAUCAGAACGAGCAAUAUCAACAACAACAACAACAACAACAACCGUUAGAACUAAUGACUGUUACCUUUGAGGAAGAAGGAUUACAACUGACAACGACAAGUUUACUUGGAAAAGGUGGAUUCGGUCGAGUUUAUGCGGCACGUUCCAAUAGCGGUGAACUCUAUGCAUUAAAAGCAUCUGCGAAAAAAAUGACAGAAAGUGAUUGGUCGCGUCUUCGUAAAGAAGUUGCUCUUAUGAAUCACUUUGCAAAACAUCCAAAUGUUGUAAAAUUUAUCGCUGCAGGUCGUGAUGAGGAACGGGCGUAUGUUGUGAUGGAGUGUUGUGCUAGUCGAUCUUUACAUGAUGUGAUUGCCCAACAUGGAUUAGAUGUUCAGGAGAUUCUUUGGGUUGGAUGGGCUCUUGUGGAUACCAUCGCUUUUUUACAUUCUAAAGGAUGUAUUCAUCGUGAUUUAAAACCUCAAAAUCUCCUCUUUGACUUUGAUGGAAAUCUUAAAAUAACAGAUUUUGGUCUUUCAAGUCGUAUUGCAGAAGCUCAACCACGUAAAACAGUAGCAGGAACGGCUAUGUAUAUGGCUCCAGAGAUUGCAGAAGCGGUAUACAAACGCAUGGUAAGUGAUGAUUCUCAACACUCUCUUCAGUAUGGAAAAGAAGUCGAUACAUGGAGUAUAGGUGUGGUAUUAUAUGUUAUGCUAACUCGUAUGAAUCCAUAUAUUCAAGCUAUGGAAAAGGAAGGAACAAGAGAUAUGGAUAAAACACAAAAAACACUUGCUCUUUUUAAUUGUGUAGCCGGUGCUUCUUGGAGUUGGCCUGCAGAUUGGACAGGAGAUGAGGAGUUGUGUGAAAUUGUCAAUCGUACCAUGCACCGUGAACCUUCUAAACGAGCAACAUUACAAGAAAUAUUACAACAUCCUGUUUGGAGUAGGCGUCCACUCUCUUGUCCACUUUCACUUUUACAUAAAUUAAAUCUCUUGGAGAGAUCUUUACAAGGAGGACGAUAUGGUUCAACACGUCGUUCUCUCAGUCGUGUGGCAGAUAAUCUUCCUCUACCGAAUGCGAAGAAAACUGUGGAUGAUGUUCUUACAGAAGGAUUACGUCGAGUAGCACUUACAGAACAGCGAGCCCGUGCCCAACUUGUUUUAGAACAUCAUGAAACUCUUCAUGUUAUAGUAGAAUUACUAAAAUUAUUACGAGCUGAGGUUGAUUGUAGAAAAAGUAUUAAAGAAGAUGAAGAAAGAUAUCGUAUGAUUAUUAAAAGUCAAAUGUUAUCACGUCGACAACGACGUGGUGGAAGUGAAACACUUGUAACAUCAUCAUCAACCACAACAACAACAGCAGGAGGAGGAGUAAAAGGAAUGAAUGAAGCAGGUGGAAUUAGAGCCUCACGUUCACGUAGAGAAUCCAGUGUAAUGUUAGUGGCACCUACACGAGAUGAAGAAGAAGAUGGACGAAUAGUUCGUGCUUCACCUGAUAAAUACGCUGUUGUUUAUCCAGGACGAGAAACUUCUACACGUUGGUCACUACGACCGGUAAUUUCACUUCCUCGUGAAUUAAAUAGUGAAAUUGAACAAUUUAAAUGUAUGAAUCAUCAUAUUAUGACGAAACUUACUUCUAUGCCUCAUGGAUACAAUGGAUUUGAUUGCAAUGUCUGUGAUCGAGAAAUAUUAAAAAUAACUCCUGAAACCCCUGCUUUCCGCUGCUAUAAAUGUGAUUAUGAUCUCUGUAUGAAGUGUGCCUAUCAGGGUCGUCUAAAAGAUGUGAACUUUGUCUGUGUCUCGUGUGCGAAGAAAUUCACCUCCGCGGCGAAGCUUCGCUCCCACACGCUGCAGUGCCGCGGCCCCAGUUGGAGCCCCUCCCCCCGCCGCUCCGCCCGCAUGGACACGCUUCUCUGGGAGGAUCCCGAGAAGGACAAGGCGGGCGAAGGCCGGGGGACGCUGCUGGAGGUGGGGGGGCGGCGGAGUCUCCUCGACAUUCGACUGCCCGACGAGGAGCCGGCGGCGGGUGGGAGUUCGCGGCGCGGGGGUCGACCCUCCGGGCGGAGUUCCACCAGCGGCCGCGCCUCGUCGGGCGGGAGGAUUAGCGUCGGCGACCGCCACGUCCCCUCGCCGGAGGAUGUCGGCGCGAUGGUCGUCAAGCACCGCGACGCGAUGUUUCCAGAGAUGCCGGAGUGGCCCGCCAGCCGACGGUCUACAGUAGAGCGGGGGAGUGGGAGUCGCAGAGGAGGAGGAGCAGAAGAAGAAGAAGAAGGAAAUGGAAAGGCAACAUAUGGUGGACGUAAUAAUGAUAAGAAUAAUAAUAAUAAUAAGAGUAGUGAUAAUGGAGCUAGCUUUUCCUUUGAACUGCCUCCUGAGAUUCGCCUUUCACGUCAGAAGAAGGAAGAGAGAGUUCAACCACGAAAUUCAGCAGAAUUAAAAGAUAUUAUAGAAGUGGAUACCCCACCCAUGAAAAAGGGACGUUCAGAAAGACAACAGGAGAGAGGAGUUAGUGCUUCUCCCUAUAGAUAUAAUGAAAAAGGUAAUAUUGUUGGUAUAGCUGCACAACAUCGAGCUGCAAGAGAAGCUAGUUUACAACAACAACCACCACCAACAGGUCAUAAUGUUAUUAUGAUUCGAGCAGACGCUGCCGUACAACCACAAGAGAUGCAAAAACAACCUCGAGUUCCUCGAAGUGCUUCAUCAAGUCGUCCAGUAACUACGGCAUCAUCAACUAUUACUUCUAAUACAACAACAACGACAACGACAACCAAAAUAGUUCAACAACCAAUGAUGCCAGUAACUCGAACUGUCACCUCUACUGCCCCAUUACAACAACAACCACAACAACAACAACAACAACAACAACAACAACCAAUGCCACAACAAACUCGACAACCUUCGGCUAGUGGAAUGACUAUGCGUGGAGGACCUCCUUUACCACGCAAAGGACCUGGAAUGCCUCAGAAUACUCCACGUCCUGUACCACCACCAGCAAAUUUUCCUGUUCCACGUCAACCUUCUCGACCUUUACCACAACCUGGUGGAGUUGGAGGUGCAGGUGGUGGUAUUCUUGCUUCUGCAGGUUGUGGGAGCAGUAACGCUUUUUUGGCACUUCCACGUGAGGAACAAAAUCGUCAACGUUUUGUAGAUGAAUUUCUAAGUGGUGGAUGGAUACGUUUUUACUCCUUUACAAAUGAAGAGACUGUGGUAAUGUACUAUUGCGUACAACCUGGAAGAUAUGGUGCUGUAUUUCCAACAGAAGCUGGAGUUGGUACUGCUGUUGUAGAUGUACACUCCAAAUUGGUUUUAUAUGUACCUUGUAUGAAUAAUGAAAGUACAAACCGUAGUCAACCGCACCCACAUGUACAGACAUUUUAUGAUGAAGAUGUACGUUUAUUAGGGAUCACAGAAGCCCAACGUUAUCUUGGUGGAGUUCUUGAUAGUAUUAUGGGGUUUGUAAAGGAAAUCGCACGACUUCGAGCAGAAGGAUUAACUCCAGCUGCUGUUCAUGCUGCUUAUAUUCAUCAGCGUGAAAGAAGUUCUGUACCUACAGAUACAAAGUUUGUUUAUGUGAGAAAAGUUUUCCCUGAUCCAUCUGGGUCUUUUACACUAUUUCGUCUCUCUAAUCUUCGAUCACAGGUGGUUUGUAAUGCACUUAUGGAUAUUCGCUGGCAGAGUGAUCGUCGGCAUAAUGUAGGACAGAAGUAUUAUGUACUUGCAGACGGUACAGCCGAACCCUUCGUGGUAGAUCAUACAGGCAUUCUUGCCCAAGUGGAGGCCGUAUUGAGCAACAGUUUUCGGCGAUAA